GAGCUCAAGCGCGCCGUCAGCCGCAUCGGUCUGGCCAACAACGAGGCCUCUCUGGCGGGCAUUCUCCAGAGGCACAGCUCCAGCACCAUGGCCGAGGGCGGCGUGAGCUUCCAGGAGUUCCUGAGCGUUAUCGUCGAGGCAUGGGGGCGCGUCGAGAACGCCGAGUUCUCCGAUCAGCUCGCGCAAAUACACCGGGGCGUCCCGGGCCACGAGCCCAUCGAGGGCCUGCGGGCCUUCUCGUGGCUGGGCCGGGCCUCGCCGGCGAAUUACGUUCUGAGGUCGAUCCGGAACCUGUGGCCGUACGCGUGCCGACGAGUGGCCCUCCUGCGGAACAAGGCGUACAACCCGAGCUUGGAUCCAGACCUCAUGGAGGUGCUCCUGGACACCCACGAGGGCGGCAGGGUGCGCGGGGCGAACACCGUGGAGGACCUCGCCAGGCUCGCUUCGGCGCAGCCCCACACAGCCGAGGGCGGCCUGGCCGUGCGGAUCGAGCUGACGGCCAGCUCCAUCGAGCGGUGGCCGCACGCGGACGUGCCGCUCGAGUCGCUCUCCACGCUGAAGCAGGAAGAG